UACAGCAGCGCGAGGCGGCCGCGCCGAAGACGAUCCGCCCGUCAGAGGAUCGAUCCGGAUCAGAACGGGCGUCCUCCUCCUCCCGCUGGUCGCCGCAGGAGCUCCCCACUCCCAGGAUCCGGGAAUCUUUAAGCAGCCAUGGCGUCCGGCCUGUCUGCUAUUUUUGUCUUAGCACUAUGUGUCCUUCUGUCCCCGUGUGUCUCCGCGGACAACGACUGCAAGGGCUACAAAAGUGCUUUUACAGGCAGUUACCAGGCUUCCCAGAAGUGUUAUCUAGGGUUUUGCUGUGGGACCUGCAACAAUAGAUACUGCUGUAAUACACCCUCUUUAAAGCUUUCUGAGGAUGCUCAAGACGACUGUGACCAGCACAGUAGCGCCCCGUACGGUAGUGGUUUAAAUCAAAAUGGUUCAACAAUGGCCUCGAUAGUUGGUAUCGUUAUCGCGAUCAUCUUUGUGCUCAUCUUCAUCUGCUGUUGUGUUUGCCCCUGCUGCUGUCUAUACAAGAUGUGUCGCAAGCCCCGGCCUGUGAUAAAUUCCACCACCCACACCACAGUGGUCACCCUUCCUCAGCACUAUCCCCAGCAGCAAGUGGCGACACCUGGACACCCUGCAGGGUACCAGUAUCCAUUGUACCAGGCCACACCAAUGCAGCCAGGAUAUGAAACCCAACCCAUGCCCCAGAGCUGUGGAGCUCAGCCCACAGUACCCUACCAGGGACAGCCAUUCACACCAGGACCCCCUCCAACAUAUCAAGAAGCCACUUGUCCUGCCUACCCACCCAACCCAAUGCCUUACAGCCAGGCUGCAUUCAUUCCCAGCCAAACACCGUAUCCUCUACAGCCUCCUGCCCAGCCGCAGUUUAAUGCGCCACACACGUCGACAGACUAUCUGACCCAACCAGCGUACAACCCAGAUUAUGUUGGACCACAACCCAAGACUGGAUAAUGGGCCAUAAUGUUUCUCUCUGAGCCACUUGAAACAUUGUGCAACAUUUGUGAAACUUGGCAGAACUAGGAAUGUUUAACCUGAAUCAAGAUGGGGUGUGUUCCAAAGCAUUAUCAGCUUCAUUUUUGCUUAUAUGUAUGAAUAUUAUGACACGUUUGUAGUUGUUGAACCAAGGUUGUUCUAUUCAAGAGUUGCCAAGUCCUGAUACAAAUGGUGAUACGUCUUAUUAUUAUUAUAUUCUUGGAUUAUAUUGCAUGGAAACCCCAUUUAUAAGUGGUGAAAUUGUUUCCAUAUUUUUUUAAUGGCCCCAUCGUAGUCAUCUUGGUGAAUUAAACAUGACCACUGAAUCUGAUAUACAGAGCAGAUGAAGUGCUUUAACAGUUUUCAGCCUUCUGAUGCUCCUGCAUUUAUAUACAGUUCUCUAGUCAAAUGUGAAUGACCUCCUUAGUCAACCACCUACAGUCAGUGCAUGAACAUUCACUUAAGCAACCAGCUCAGUCCAAUUUGAAAAAUUAGCAAUUUCCUGAACUGUUACAUAAAUAACAGUGUUUAUUUUUUCAGACUCUAAAAAAAAGGAUGUCAUGUUACUGUUUCUCACAUGACACGGUCAGUCCACAACCCUACACAGAGGCAAAAAAGAAGCAGCCAUGUGAUUUGUACCAUGCAUGAGUUUUAGGGAGCAUGCAUGCGAUUGUGUUUUGUGGUUGCUUUAAGAAGCUGAUUUCUCUGGAUUCUGUUGCUUAUGUGCAUGUAAAUGCUUUCAGUGACUAUGAUAAGACUUAGUGGUCAGUCUUUGGGGAAAGAGUUCAGUAUCACUGGAUAUAAUCUCAUUGCUCUCUUUUCAGUUUACUUUUGACAAUUAAGCGUUUUUUUCUGUUUACACUUCUCAGUAAUAUUCAGGUAGUGUGAAAGGGACAGCUUUUCUUUUUAGCAAAAGGGGACUCCAUCAUGACACCUGAGGAAAGGUGGUUUUAUGUUAGAAUGUGCAGUGUGUAGGAUUUAGAGGGAUUGGAAUAAACUAUUCAUAAUCAUACUUUCUGUAUGAGCUGCAUAUGUGGUGGUUGCAUUGUGCAACUUUUAGCACUGGAGGUCGCUAAAUCCCACACAUUGCAACUUCUAGAAAUUGUGUGUAUGUCGAAACUUCACAUUAGGUUUUAAAUAUUUUAUAUUUUUAUGCUACAGAUACACCUGUGACAAAUGUGCAUUACAAAGGGCAACUGUUGUUGUUACAAUUGUUUUUCCCUCCCGAUGUUCACAUACCCAACAAGAAUGACAUGAAACUACAUGCAGGAAACAACUGUGCCUUCUUGACCGUGUUGCUUUUAUCAAACUCUGCGUGCGUGCUGUUUAGAACGCUUUAAAGUUUUACUUUCUAUUUAUUCAUAAGUCUUUGAACAUUUUCUUGCUGUUACUUGUUCUAAACUGUUUUCUAGUAGUUCAUUUGUUGACAUUAUUUUGAAUUGCACCUUAUCUAACAUUCAGCCAUAUAUCAGUAAGCGUUGCAACCCUAACUCUGCUUUUAUGUAAUUAGCAGUUUCACAGCAGCAUCUGUGAAUGUGUACUUAAUUAGGUAACACCAGUAGUGAUUUUUUUUCUUAAUGUAGUUUUUGUUGUUUUAACUGAAUUAAUACCACUUUGGUGCUCUGAUUUGCUUUAGCUUUAAGCAACUUUUUUCUAACCAACUGGGCGAAGCAGAAUUACAGUUGGAGACAGAUGAGCGUUUCAUCAACUUCCUCUGUUGAGACUUUGGUUGUGACAUUUCAGAGACCACAUGCUAGCUUAUGAAAGUGUUUUGUCACCCACAUAACUUUGUAAUUCUCAAAGAAGCUUUCUUGUUUUGGAAUGUGCACGUCUCUUACAGCUAAUUGAUUCUCUGUAGCCCUUCCUUUCAUUUGAGAUCUGUACUUGUAGUUGUGUUCAAUCUGAUUCCUAUGGCCAGUGUUGCUUCUUUAAGAUGACUCUUAGUGGACUGUUCUAUUUUUGUGUGUGGAUUACAGCCAUUUACAUUCUAUGAAAAAAAAACAUAAAAGCAGAGAUUCUUGUUCCAUCUGUUAGUCCCAGGUAAUUCUUAUUGAUGCCUUUACGUUAAUAUAAACAGUUUAGCUGCAACAUUGAUUCCACCUGGAGGAUUUUACUGCUAUGGUCAGAAUUGUUCAUGUGGCUUAUGUCUGUAUAUAAAUGUUUGAUUGUUUUUUUACUUGGUUUAAAAUCUACACCUACUUUGCAGAGUUUAAUAAAACAUACAGUAUAUUUUCUGUCUUAGGUUAUGGAUAUAAGUACAUUGUGAAAAAGCUCAGGUAUUUUUAGGUUAACGUCUUUCUCAAGCGAAUAAUAAAAUAACAAAAAAAUGACUGCAAAAUUAGGUGUAGGAAUGGAAAUGAGAAACUGAAAGUAAGAUUGGAAAACAGUAAAACAUUAUUUAUAUUAUUAUAACUGUGCCAAAGGCAUUGUCAGUGGGUUAUACAGACUGGUCACAACCAGUCACUCUGUCUUCACUAGGCAUGUGUGUAUAUCUGCAAUGUGGCUCUAAUAAAGUUUUUUAAUUUGU